AUGAGGCGAGAUGUUGGGCAAGGGGCAAAGGGCAAGAGGCAAGAGGCAAGAGGCAAGAGGCGAUGGGCGAUGGGCGUGGAGCGGGGGCGAGGCGCGAGGCGCGAGGCGCGAGGCGAGACGAAAGGCGAGACGAGAGUCAAUGUUCGUGCGUGUGCGCAAGGCUCGCAGUUGUACACGGAGAGCCCGGGCGAGACGCAGGGACCCACAGCGCGGCGUGGCACUGCGCGCGCGCAUGCAGAUCGAGACAAAGUGUCACUGCAGAUGAAGUUGAUGAGGGUGGGAGAUUUGACGCCGUUGGAAACUAUCUUUUCAGGGAAUCCAGUAUUGUUCCACAGUGUUCCUGUUCAUAAAUUAAUGUAUACUGGUGUUGUCUUCACAGCGCUGUCGUUUCUUGACGACGUUAUUUGGGAUAAGAAACACAAAGUUCGAAUUGGACCACAGUUUUCAUCGUCAGGAAACAUUACAUCAGGGAUCUCUGAAAGGAGUGUCAUUUUGUCCUCUUCUGCUUCUGUUAAGGCAAGAUUGUAUCAUAGCCGUCCCCCCCUGGAAGUGGCAUGUCGCAAGCAGCGCGUCGUCGCAGCGUGCGGUCGCGUGUCGCAGUUGCGUGUCGCAGUUGCGUGUCGCAGUUGCGUGUCGCAGUUGUGUGUGGGGAGGGACGAGUCAUGGCAGCUCGGCGGGCCGCGGGGUGGCAGGCAGGCUGCUAAAGGCCUGCGGUCGGCGACGCCGGCGUCCCGAACGCGGUCUGCGGUGGCGCUGGGGCCGCGUGAAGGUGACCCGGCCGGCGUCGGCGACGGCGUCGCGGUGCUCUGUUUGCCUUCAUUAGGAUUGUUUUAUGUGGCGGGCGGGCUCGCGGCGUUUAGCGUCUCGCGCCGCCGGGUGUUCGGUUUCGACAGGGCGCUCCAGUGUCGCCCGCCGGCCUCGCCGCCGCCCGCCCGCUUUCCAACGGCCGGCCCCUGCCGCGGGCCACGACGUCGCGGCCGGGUUUCACCGCACAACGCGCGGGAGACAUCCCGCUUUUCAAAAUAUUCCGAUUUUUUUUUUUUUGUUGGUGUUGGGGAAUUCUUUUUGUGCGUUACGGGCUUGGUUGAUUUCGAGCAGGAAUGA